AACAAUCGUCUCAGCAGAAAGAAUGGCUGCGAUUUUUUACUGUAACUGUCGCAGUUACGGAAGAGCGUACAGUUUGCUUUGCGACACACAGCAUUGCCCUUCCGCCAAUUGCUCCUCCGUUCACGACUCGUCUAGUUUCGCCCGUCGCGCGGGCAGCUGGAGCUGGGUGGGGUAGGUUAGGACCAGGUGGGCGGGCGCUAUACCACCUGGACUGGCUUGCAUCUGAACGAAUCAGAGAGACGCAAAGCAGUGACUGUACUCCAGUCUAACGCCUAGUGCCGCUUCAGAGUAUCCACGCCCGACUUCUCCCGCAGCGUCGUUCACUUGCUCCCCGGCUUUCCGCCUCCACGGUAAAUCCUUCUACAAAAAGCUGUAAGAUUUACUUCGCUGAAGUAGAGUCAAUCAUCAACCUGAGAAGAAUCGGAAGCAGUUUUGAAACUAACGUCUUGAGCUUUCGCUGGCUAGGAUCAGCGGAGCGAGGACCUGCGGGUUUAGUAGUCGACUCAAAAGCGCUCGCUGGCGAGAAUCUGCGGGGCGAUCAGCAGCAGCAGCCGCAGCAGCAGCAGCAGCAGCAGCAGCAGCAGCAGCAGCAGCAGCAGCAGCAGCAGCAGCAGCAGCAGCAGCAGCAGCAGCAGCAGCAGCAGCAGCAGCAGCAGCAGCAGCAGCAGCAGCAGCAGCAGCAGCAGCAGCAGCAGCAGCAGCAGCAGCAGCAGCAGCAGCAGCAGCAGCAGCAGCAGCAGCAGCAGCAGCAGCAGCGGCGGCGGCGGCGGCGGCGGCGGCGGCGGCGGCGGCGGCGGCGGCGGCAGCAGCAGCAGCAGCAGCACAGCAGCAGCAGAAGCAGAGCAUGAUGGCACCCCUUCUCCCCUUCCUGCUCCUCCUCCUCCUCCCUCGCACCACCGACGCUCGACUCACCGUCGACGCGCUCCUCCGCGUCGCCUCUCGCCCAGCCGCGCGGGCCCUUCAAGUGCAGACGUGCACGGGGAUAACGCAGCCCUGCCCCGGCGGCGUCGGCUGCGUCGAGAACGCGCGCUUCUGCGACGGCGCGCCCGACUGCCCGGACGGCAGCGACGAGGACAGCAACUACUGCGCGAUGAUGUUUCCACCGGACUACGACUACGGGCCGCAGUGCAACCCCGAGCAGCAGCAGAUGACGUGCCCGGGCGGCGGGCAGUGCGUGGACGAGGCGCGCGUGUGCGACGGGAAGGCGGAUUGCGCCGACGGCAGCGACGAGAAGGCCAGCUACUGCUACGACUUUUAUUGCGACAACUUUGGGAGGGUGCAAUGCCCCUCUAAGAUGGGCUGCAUGCCGCCUGGCGGUGAGUGCGACGGCGUGAAGCACUGCGCGGACGGCAGUGACGAGGGGAGCCAAUGCCCCGGGUAUCAAGACCCAUCGACGACUGGAGGCAGCUCGACGACUGGAGGCGGCUCGACGUCUGGAGGCGGCUCGACGUCUGGAGGCGGCUCGACGUCUGGAGGCGGCUCGACGUCUGGGGGCGGCUCGACGUCUGGGGGGGGGACUGUUGUGCUGAGUCCGGAGGAAAUGGCGAGGCAGAAGAGGGAAGCAGCCGCAAGGCGGGCGGCUGCUAUUGCUGCUAAGAAGGCGGCUCUGGAGGCAAAGCGGAAGAAGCAGGAGGAGAAAGCGGCGGCAAUUGCUGAGAAGAAGCGGAAGCAGGAGGAAAAAGCGGCGGCCAUUGCGGAGAAGAAGAGGCUCCAGGAGGCGAAGGCUGCUGCUAUUGCUGAGAAGAAGCGGAAGCAGGCAGAAAAGGCGGCCGCGAUUGAAGCUAAGAAGAGGAAGCAGGCUGAGAAGGCAGCUGCGAUAGUGGCUAAGAGGAGGAGAGAGGCCGCAAGGGCAGAAGCUGUGAGCAACUAGAGAGGAACAGCCACCCACAAGAAGCAACCUUCACAUGAGCAACUCAUGUGCUCCAAUCAUACCCGUAAUCCCCCGUAUAUAACACCCCGGGUGCAGUACAAAAUUCAGGAAAAAAAUAGGGGGUGUGUGCUCUAUUUUGCGUUUAAGCUAUAGCACCCUAGUGUUAUAUUUGAGGAUGAUUUAUUAAAGAUGUGCUUUCUGUUGAGAAGGCUAGGACGCCAUGGAAUGGCAAGAGGUUUAGCUAGGGGGCAGAAAGUAUUGAGAGAA